CUCCAAGUAGGACAGGGCAAGAGGCCAGGCUCAAAUCCAUGUGCCAGCCUCAGGCAGGAGGCCCUGGGCUUCUAGGAGCAUGUCAGAGAUGGCAGAGUCCAGAACUGGACACGGUAUCUCCACAUGAUAAACCUCUCCUGCGUGCAAAGCUGCUCUGGCAUCUGGCACUGCCCUGAGCCCGUGGGUUCAGGUUACCAUCCCUGCGUGGGAUCAGCUGUGCUGCAGCUCCUCUUUUCCCUCCCAAAGGUCGAUAUUCUGAAGGCACUGGGUGCUGAAAUUGUGAGGACGCCGUGCGCCCGCUUUGAUGCCCCCGAGUCCAACAUCCGUAUCGCCUGGAAGCUGAAAAGUGAAAUCCCAAACUCUCACAUCCUGGACCAGUACCGAAACCCGAGCAACCCCCUGGCUCAUUACGACACCACGGCCGAGGAGAUCCUGGAGCAGUGUGAAGGCAAGGUCCACAUGGUGGUGAUCGGGUCUGGCACAGGAGGAACCAUCACUGGUGUCGCCAGGAAGCUGAAGGAGAAGUGCCCAGAGUGCAAGAUCAUUGGCGUGGACCCCGACGGCUCCAUCGUCGCUCUGCCCAGUGAGAUGAACAAGACCAACACCACAACCAUCGAGGUGGAGGGCAUUGGGCACGACUUCAUCCCCACUGUCCUUGACAGAUCAGUGGUCGAUCAGUGGUACAAAAGCAACGACAGAGACUCGUUCCUCAUGUCCCGCAGGCUGAUCAGAGAGGAGGGGCUAUUGUGUGGGGGCAGCUCGGGCAGUGCCAUGUCCGUGGCUGUGAGAGCUGCCCAGGACUUGAAGGAAGGUCAGCGCUGCGUUGUCAUCCUGCCCGACUCCGUCCGCAACUACAUGUCCAAGUUUGUGAAUGAUAAGUGGAUGAUAAAAAAUGGGUUCCUAAAUGAAGCCCAGGAGAACAAGCCUUGGUGGUGGAACAUCAAGGUGCAGAAACUGAACCUCUCGGCCCCUCUCAUCCUCCUCCCAGAAGUCAGCUGUCAAAAGGCAAUUGAGAUCCUCCAGGAGAAGGGAUAUGACCAAGCUCCUGUUGUUGCUGAGUCAGGGCUUAUUUUGGGAAUGGUGACCCUCAGCAACACCCUGAGCUCCGUGCUGGCUGGAAAUGUGGAGUUCUCAGACCCUGUCACCAAGGUCACCUACGACCAGUUCUCCAAGAUCAGCCUGGAGGACAGCCUUGGGAAGCUUUCCUGCAUCCUGGAGAACGACCCCUUUGCUAUCGUUGUACACGAGCAAAUGCAGUACAGUGGAAAUGGCAGCUCCUCCAUGAAGCAGAUGGUGUUUGGUGUGGUCACAGCCAUGGACCUCCUCACCUUUGUCAGCAGGAACGACAAGAAGUAG